AUGGCGGCGGGUGGCUCGGCGUGGCGCCCAGAGCCGCCGGUCCAGGUACCACCAGAGUCGCUCUCCUCCCAAGCAGUGCCAGCUGUCAUCAGUUUAAUCCCUUCUGGAUCACAAUUUUAUUCUUCCUGUCUAUGCAGUAACAAGCGACUUGUGGCCUUAGUGCCAAAUGACACUUCAUUCAACACCAGACGAGCCUACACCAGUGAAGAUGAAGCCUGGAAGUCGUAUUUGGAGAAUCCCCUAACAGCAGCUACCAAGGCUAUGAUGAGCAUAAAUGGUGAUGAGGACAGUGCUGCUGCUCUUGGCCUAUUGUAUGACUAUUAUAAAGUUCCCAGAGAUAAAAGGCUGUUGUCUGUUAACAAAGUGAGUGAUAAUCAAGAAGACCAAGAUAAAAGAAAUUGUCUUAAUACCACGGAAGCUCAGAAUAACUUAAGUGGGGGAGAGAACCGUGUGCAAGUCCUGAAGACGGUGCCAGUUAACCUUUCCUUGAACCAAGAUCCUUUGGAGUCUUCCAAAAGGGAAUACAACACAAAUGUGUCUGGGAGCUCAACACCCAUCACAGGGUCCACAGUGACUGUGGUUAAAGCAGAGGAAUUCACUCCUGUUUUUAUGACCCCACAAACACACUAUGCAAGAGGAGAAAAUGAGGAGCACCGAGGGGUUAUCUUUGAACCGUAUGAAGUGUCCAGCAUUGCUCCCCACACAAAUUAUCUUAAAGAUGAUCAGCGCAGUACUCCUGACAGUACCUACAGUGACACCUUCAAAGAUGGAGGAACAGAAAAGUAUCGGAGUGUUUCAGUGGGGGCUGAAGAAUAUAUUUAUGAACAAACAAGCACUUUUCAGUAUACACUAGAAGCUACCAAGUCUCUGCGUCAGAAGCAGGGGGAAGGACCCAUGACCUACUUGAACAAAGGACAGUUCUACGCCAUCACCCUGAGCGAGACGGGUGACAACAAAUGCUUCCGGCAUCCCAUCAGCAAAGUCAGGAGUGUGGUCAUGGUUGUUUUCAGUGAGGAUAAAAACAGAGAUGAACAGCUGAAAUAUUGGAAGUACUGGCAUUCCCGGCAGCACACAGCUAAACAGAGAGUCCUAGACAUUGCUGAUUACAAGGAGAGUUUUAAUACCAUUGGGAAUAUUGAAGAAAUUGCAUUCAAUGCUGUGUCCUUUACUUGGGAUGUCAACGAGGAGGCAAAGAUUUUCAUCACAGUGAAUUGCUUGAGCACAGACUUCUCCUCACAAAAAGGAGUAAAAGGGCUUCCUUUGAUGAUUCAGAUUGAUACUUACAGCUACAACAACCGCAGCAAUAAGCCUAUCCACCGAGCCUACUGCCAGAUCAAGGUUUUUUGUGACAAGGGAGCAGAAAGGAAAAUCCGAGAUGAAGAGAGAAAGCAGAAUAGGAAGAAAGGCAAAGGCCAGGCAUCCCAAGCCUCAUGUAAUAAUGCAGCUGAAGGGAAAUUGAGUGCACUCCCUCUGCAGAAAAAGAGUGAUAUCACCUUCUUCAAAACAAUGGCUGACCUGGAUUCCCAGCCAGUCCUCUUCAUACCAGAUGUUCACUUUGGAAACCUACAAAGAACUGGACAGGUUUACUAUAAUACAGAUGACGAGAGAGAAGGUAGCAGUGUCCUGGUCAAAAGGAUUUUCCGGCCAGUGGAGGAAGAGUUUGGUCCCUCCCCUUUGAAACAAAUCAAAGAAGAAGGUCUGAAAAGAGUGCUUUUGUAUGUGAGGAAGGAGACAGAUGAGGUAUUUGAUGCUUUGAUGCUGAAAUCACCGACAGUAAAGGGGCUAAUGGAAGCUAUCUCUGAGAAAUAUGGGCUGCCAGUUGAAAAGAUUGCAAAACUUUAUAAGAAGAGCAAAAAGGGUAUCCUGGUAAACAUGGAUGACAACAUUAUUGAGCACUACUCCAAUGAGGACACAUUCAUCCUGAACAUGGAGAGCAUGGUUGAAGGCUUCAAGAUCACACUGACAGAGAUCUAGCCUCAGGCAGAGCCUUUCUGUAAGGAACCACAGCAUUUCAUCCUUCUUGGAAAGCAGAUUCCCCAUGAAGUUGACAGACAUUA